GAAAACAAAAAAAGACAAAUAAAUAUAGACGAGGUGAAGGGAGCUAAAGGUUGAUUAGCGAAGAACAAGCGAAGAGAGAGAGAGAGAGAGAGAGAGGAGAGAGAAAGCUCCAGCUGGCGGUGGUCUUCUUCUUCUGAAUCUUCUUCACCGGCGAAAUCAACAAAGGUUUGCGAAAGAUGAUGUCGUCCGGUGUUGGCAAAUACACGACGAUUGAUAACCAGAAAGUCUCCGGAUCCGUCCCCGCGGUCUCGGAUUCUCCGGCUCACGUCGCCGUCAACUUCACAGAUUCGAGUCUUCAGACGUUUCCCCCUUCAGGAGCGCAGGGCAAGAUCUCUCGCGGCUCGGGACCUCCUCGAGACGCAGACGAUACAUUCUCGAAACCCGUAUCAGGUUCUGAUGAGCCGCAGUCAAGUGGUUGGUUUCAAAUAUUCUCACUUGCUUAUUACAAGCCUUACUUUGAUGUUGACACGUCAGAUGUUGUAGAGAGGAUUAAGGAUUCUCUUAUUCCAUUCAGAGGUAGCUUCUCCGAAAAAACUGCAAGCAAUCCAGAUUUGUAUGGACCAUUCUGGAUCUGCACAACCUUGAUAUUUGUGGCUGCUUCAAUUGGCACAUUUGUUACCUACGUGGCACACAAGAUACAGAAAAAAGAAUGGAACUAUGACAUAAAUUUGGUGACUUGGUCUGCUGGUUUGUUCUAUGGCUAUGUCGCUGUUGUUCCUCUCUGCUUGUAUAUAAUCCUCAAAUACUUCUCCGCCCCUUCUGGUCUCGUUCAGCUUUUCUGCCUCUAUGGCUAUUCGCUUUUUGUGUACAUUCCUGCUUUGUGUCUCUCCAUUAUUCCGUUGGAAAUUUUCAGAUGGGUAGUUACAGGUGUGGCGGGGUUCAUGUCAGCGACCUUUGUUGCUCUCAAUCUCCGGAACCACAUCCAGUCUGCUGGUGAAAGGUGGUUCUUGAUUGUGGCUGGGAUCUUUCUGUUGCAGCUGGCUCUGGCUGUUGUACUAAAGCUUUAUUUGUUCACGGUCACGGUGUGAUUCAUGUCAUCAACGGGUUCCAUAUAACCAUAGUUAAAAAGUUAAAACACUGACUGGACUUUCUGGCCCCAUGAUUGUCAUUCAAACUUCCAGAGAUGUAUUCUUUGCCUGUUCUUCAUUGAAAAUGUACUGUAUUCAUUCGUUUUUUUUUCGGCAUACAUAUAUCCAAACGACAAUCCGCAAGAUGGCCUAUGAAAGCGGUCUAGUUUUAGUCCAAUUUGUU